GAUCGGCGCUGGGGCCGUGCAGUCAGGUCCGGCAUGCAGAGAGUAAGGAUCGAGGGUGCAGCCGGCAGCUGUACUGUCUGCGUGACGUCACUCUUCGCCCUCGCUUCCGAUCCGAGUCGUGCGUGUGCGUGUGCGUGUGCGUGUGCGUGUCGAGUCCAGCACAACAUGGCCGCUUUAGCAGCUGUAGACUCUCCUGGAAGCGACGGGGGGCUGCCCCCGGAUUUCGGGAAAGAGAAGGCAAGCCGAGGCGACGCUGCUGAGAGCGAAGGGGCAGGUGUAAUGAACGGGCUGGGCAGCAGCGAGAUGAUUUUAACGAGUGCGGGUAACGAUGCGCCGGUCGGGGCGGUAACGGCACCGCACACUUCUGCAGGGAACAUGAACACCCCGCCCCCCAAAAUAGACGUGGUCGUGCUGCUGUCAGAAGAGGAGGAAGAGAAAGCAGGGGCACACCCCGGCCAGGACAACAAUACCAGUAAUAAUAAUAAUAAUAAUACUAAUAAUAAUACCAUUGCAAGAGGAGACGACUCUGGAGGACAUUAUAAACACGAGGAAGGCGAAGCCGCUGCUGCUGGGGAAAGCGCCGAGGCGGAGCGCACACCAGACUGCAGCUGUACAGGAGAGCACUCUACAUGUGAUCCUGGAAUCCCUGUGCAGGAAGGAGAAGGAGAGGGAGUGCGCUGUGAAAAUGUCCUGCCCGGGUACAGCCAGCCGGAGGAACAGCACGAUACGCACAGCGGCAUCGACAGCGCGGAGCCCCACAGCCACCCCUCGGAUCCAGGCAGGGGGGCGGUGCCCUGGAGGGGGAAGCGGCGGCUGGAGUGUGCCGAAUGCGGCAAGAAGUUCAACCGGCGGGAGACCUUCGAGCUCCACCGGCACCUCCACACCCGCGCCGGCGAGGCUGCCACCCUGACCUGCCAGGACUGCGGGUUGAGCUUCCAGCAACGCAGCCACCUGGUCAAACACCGGCGCCAGCACGAGGCCGGGGCAGGGGGACCCCGCUCCCCCCCCGAUCCCCUGUCCUGGAAGCCCUACCGCUGCCCGCUGUGCCGCGAGGAGUUCCAGUUCACCGCGUCGGUCGACGCCCACAUGCGCGGCCACUCCCUGGACAACCCCUUCCGCUGCGCGGAGUGCGGGGAGCAGCUGUCCUGCGCCGUGGCCCUGCGAGACCACCAGCGCUCCCACGCAGCCCCCCCGAAGACCACCGAGAGCCUGGACCGCGGGGCGGCUCCCCAGCCCCUCCCGGCUGCUGUGGAGGGUCACCGGGAGGGGGAGGAGGAGGGGGGGGGGCCCCACCAGUGCGGAGUCUGCGACAAGCGGUUCGAGCGCGCCAGCCACCUGCAGCAGCACCGCUACCUGCACACGGGGGAGAAGCCAUUCACCUGCCCGGACUGCGGGAAAGCGUUUGCCUUCCUGCAGAACAUGAAGGCGCACUGGAGGCUCCACGGCGGGGAGGGGGUCUCCACGAACAGGCUCCCGGACGCGGACCGCCCCCUCAAGGGCCUCCUGGAGUGCCCCGAGUGCGGCAAGGGGUUCCGGCACCGCUCGGUGAUGGAGGGCCACAUGCGGAAGCACACGGGAGAGCGGCCCUUCCAGUGCAGCCUCUGCGGGAAGCGUUUCAAGUACAGCAGCUACCUGCAGCAGCACCUGGUCCUGCACAGCGGCAGCAAACCCUUCCCGUGCCCGGUCUGCGGCAAGGCCUUCGCCUUCAACCAGAACAUGAAGGCGCACUGGAAGCUGCACCAGGAGAAGCCCCACCGCUGUCCACACUGCCGCAAGGGCUACAGUGAGGAGGGGCAGCUGAGGGAGCACCUGGCCAGCCACGCCGGGGACAAGCCUCACCUGUGCGGGCUGUGCGGCAAGAGCUUCGGCCUGGCCUGCCAGCUGCGGGACCACCAGGACACGCACAGCGGGGAGCGGCCCUACCGCUGCCACGAGGGCUUCCCCUGGCUGGGCAGCCUGCCAGUGCACCAGAAGAGCCACGAGAGCAAGAGGCAGGGCGCCGCAGGACGGGCGCGCAGCCAGAAAAGAAACCGCGCAGGGGGGGCCAGGAACCAGCCGCGCCCCCCCCAGGUCAGGGAGCCAGGGAGCAGGGGCCUCUACGGGGGUGCCUUUCAGCCGCAGCCCAGGAGGGACGGCGCGCACCUGUUUGCGAGCCCAGAGGAGCAGGCGCAGCUACUACAGCUGCUGCAGCAACAGCAGCAGCUGCAGGGGGCUGUGGCGCCACAGCACAGGUGGAUGGAGGUGCAGCAGAGGGAAGCCGUGCAGCAGCUUGAAGUGAACAACAGCGCGCAGUGGCAAGCGAAAAUGCUGCAGCAGUGCCCCCGCGUUGAGGCGCAGCAGCUGCAGGAAAGGGCCACGGCACAGCAGCAGAAGCAGCAGUGGCAGGAACGGGCAACCGAGCAACAGAGCGUUGAGCUGCAACUGCAAGAAAGGGCUUUUGGGCAACAGCAGCUGCUGGGAGAGGAACAGCAGCAGCAGCAGCGCAUGGAGGCGCAAGAGACAGCAUUGGAGCAGCAGUGCAUUGAGCUGCGGCAGACGGAGGAGAGGGCCGGAGAGAAGCGGUGCACGCAGGAGCAGAGAGAGGAGCCGCAGCAGGGUGGCGCCGGCGAGCAGGAGGAGGUGCAGGAGCAGCGAGGGGGGUCCCCUCUGCUGAAAGGCUCCGAACCGCAACCACUGCGGCCGCCGCCGGCAGGGGACGGGCAGCUCCAGUGCAUGGAAUGCGGCCAGGCGUUCCCGCGGGAAGCGGCGCUCCACGAGCACUACAUGGAACACGCCCGGGGAGACGUGUGACUCGGGUUUAACCCUUUACUGGACUUUGCAGGGCCAAGCUGGGGGGCAGCAACACUACAGGACUGGAGAAUACAGGACAGCUGGACAGAGGUUCAGUUAUAUGAACGUGUGUGUGUGUGUGUGUGUGUGUGUGAAGAGAAUGUGUGGGGGGGGGGGGCGUGCUGAAAAGCCUGAGCUGUCCCAGGGUGCUCUCAUGUCCACGGAGUCACACAGCGACCCUGGCAUUGCAUUCUGAGGCACGGUAACAAUCCCACCCUGCCUUCUGUCUCAUUAACAGCGUCUGCCAGCCCUGGUGCUCUAGCACAGCACGUUGUUCCAGUCCAGAAACACACCCCAAGUAUUAGUAUUAGUAUUAGUAUUAUUAUUAUUAUUAUUAUUAGUCAU